AUGACACCCCAGGAUGAUGCCGAAGCAUACCUGGAGAUGUUUGAGGGUACCGCCUCAGCAUGUGGUUGGCUGAGAGGAGAGUGGUGUCUGCGCAUUCAGACUCUCCUGAUGAGAGAAGCCCAGCUGGUGGCCCGUAGUCUGCCACCAGAGUGCCAGGUGGACUACAUGGCUGCAAGGAAAGCCAUACUCGAGGGGGUGGACUGUCACCAGAAGAACACCAUCGGGGACUCAGGGUCCCAGUGUGCCCUCCUGCCUGUCUACAGAACUCCUCCUACCCCAGUGCCACAGAAGAAGAGACUGCUACUGCCUGCAACUCCCUGGAGUUCAGCAGCCCUGCCUCCCAGACAUACUCCUCCCUCACGAGUGCUGGUAGAGGAGGCAGAAGGGUGCAAUGACAGCAGCCGUGGUGAGCAGGGGCAGCCUAGUCCCAGAGAGCUCGAACGGGGACUGGGCUGGGAUGUUGGGGCUGUGGAAAUGAUGGAUGUGAGUCAGGUGCUCAGGAUCUCCAUGGUUCCAUGGCUCUUCCCCAAUCCAGAGCCAACAUACAGAGUGCCGGCAGGAGCAAGCAGCAAGACGGUGGGCCCAUCUGAGGGGUUGGACUCCCCUCCUCGAGCCUCCAGAAGAUUUCCUGUGUCAUGCAGUCUCCUGUCUGAAGAGCAGCUGCUGUGUUCGAUCUGUCUGGAUGUGUUCACUGAUCCAGUGACCACUCCAUGUGGACACAACUUCUGCAAGAGCUGCCUUACACAGUGCUGGGAGAAGAGUCAACACUGUCACUGUCCAUUAUGUAAAGAGAAAUUCACCAAGAGACCCGAAAUGAAGAUUAAUACAACACUGAGAGACAACACUGUUCCUAUAGAGGAGGAGAGCAGAGAGAGGAAGACACAGACAGAUGUGCAGCAGAUGAUUCAGGAGAAGAUCCAAGAGAUCAAACACUCAGUAGAGCUCAGUAAAAGAAGCACAGAGAAAGAGAAAGCAGACAGUGUUGAAGUCUUCACUGCUCUGAUUCGCUCCAUUGAGAGAAGUCAGGCUGAGCUGCUCGAGGUGAUGGAGGAGAAGCAGAAAGCAGCAGAGAGGCAGGCUGAAGGACUCAUUAAAGAGCUGGAGCAGGAAAUCACUGUGCUAAAGAGGAGAGACACUGAGCUGGAGCAGCUCUCACACACUGAGGAGCAUCUCCACCUCCUACAGAUUUACUCCUCCAUGUGCAGCCCUCCACACACCAAGAACUGGACUGAGAUCAGUAUUAACACUGAUCUGAGUGGGGACACUGUGAGGACAGCUCUGUCUCAGCUCCAGCAGACUCUGAAUGAGAAACUCACUAAAACACUCAAUGACAAGUUAAAGGAAACAGUUUCCACAGAACUGAAGAGGAUUCAGCAGUAUGCAGUGGACGUGACUCUCGAUCCUGAUACAGCUCAUCCAUAUCUCAUCCUGUCUGCUGAUGGAAAACAAGUGACACACGGAGACACACGGCAGAAACUCCAUGAUACACCACAGAGAUUUAAUGAAUGUAUCUGUGUUGUGGGAAAGCAGAGUUUCUCCUCAGGGAGAUUCUAUUAUGAGGUGCAGGUCAGAGGCAAAACUGAUUGGGAUCUCGGAGUUGCCACUGAGUCCAGUAACAGGAAGAAGGUGAAUAAUCUGAAACCUCAGAAUGGAUUCUGGACUGUGAUUCUGAGGAAUGAGAAUCAGUAUAAGGCUUGUGCUGGUCCCGCCGUCCCCCUCACACUGAGAGAGAAGGUGGAGAAGGUGGGGGUGUUUGUGGAUUAUGAGGAGGGUCUGGUCUCCUUUUAUGAUGUGAAGUCCAGCUCUCAUAUCUACUCUUUCACUGCUCAGUCUUUCACUGAGAAACUCUAUCCAUUCUUCAGUCCUUGUUUAAAUGACGGAGGUAAAAAUUCAGCACCACUGAUCAUCUCUCCUGUAUUUAACACUGAAUGAAUUUUCACCUCACACAUUUAAUCACCUGUUAAAUGGUGAUAAAAAGAAAUAUUUUACUCUUUUGGUGAAUUUUAGAAAUACAUAUUCCCUUUUAAAGUGCUGUACAGUUUAUUUUAAUACCUGGGGUUUGUUUUUAAUUUUAAUCCUACAGUCUGUUUUUACACAUUAU